GUUCAAAAGUUAUAUGAAUUAAAGUUCAUUCCGUCAUGGGAAACAACAAGGCCAAUCGAAAAACUUUGUCCCAGCAACACGUUUGCUCCAGAAUGAAUUUCUUGUACCAGGCGUCCAAUUUAAUGGCGCACAGCAACAACAACACGCUGGCCGCCUAUUAUGGCAAGCUUUGCCGCAACGUGGGCACCAAGGCGCUGAUUAAGAUAUCACCGGGAGUGAAACGCACGCUUUGCAGGCGCUGUUCCUUGCCGCUGCUACCGGGCAUUAACACCACGUUAGAGAUUGGGCAACAGCAGCCAACUCCCAAAGAAGUGGAGAGGCCAGCAACCAGUUCCAGUAAACGACGCCAUCGCCGGUUGCGUGGGAAGCGCAACAAGUGCCACAAAGAUGCGAACGCCGUUAAUUCAGAAAAAUCCGUACCCGCUGUCAGCAUAGAUGAGAAAACCCAGUUGAGUAUGGAGUGCGGUCUGUGCGGUGCAAAUCGUCGGUUUCAUGUCGACACACGCAAUGAGUGCUGGCCGGAACGUGCUGAGGCGAUUGUCCAUGUAAUACAACUGGCCAAUCAAACGGACUCAGAUGGCAAUAAGGGAGAGAGCGAAGUAAUUCAAGAGCAGCGAUAAGCGGAUGACACGUGCAGCAACAUUU